AACAGUUUCAGAUAUAUCGACUGACAGUUGAAUGUGAGUAACAUUUACAUCUAGUCUGCGUUCGGGCAGGGAAACGGUGCUCGCUUCCCCACGUGGAGAUUGUUUUGAAGCAGUAAGGGGCAAUAUAAACGAAGCGGAGCGAUUGUGACGAGCCCGUGUCAAGUGUUGUUCAAUUCAACCAAACAUACACGCAGUUUCAACAGUGUUGGUGUAUCAGUGAGUUGUCGAGAGGCCCGAGUGUGUGGGGUUCCAAGUAUAGACUCAGCCGGGGCGAUCACCGGCCGUGCAGUGGUCAGCGGACGAACUCUCGGACAUUGAGGGAACACGACAACCCUCGGGAUGGAGUACCCCGAGUUGCGGGUCGUGUGUGUGCUGCUGGCGUGUUUAGUCGCCAGCAUUGAGGGUAUGUCUCAUUACCGUGACGGGAUACUAAACGAUAACGCCAAGUGUGAACCUAUCACUAUACCCAUGUGCCUUGACAUGCGAUACAACUUCACUCGUAUGCCUAACAUGGUGGGACAUAGCAAUCAGAAGGACGCAGCUAUACAAGUUCACGAGUUUUUACCACUUGUUCAGAUCGGAUGCUCCAAACUUUUGAAGUUUUUCUUGUGCUCUUUGUACGCUCCAAUGUGCUCUGAUAUGGUGGAGGAGACAAUGAUCAUUCUAGCUUGUCGGUCAAUGUGCGAGAAGGUGAAGAAGGAAUGUGCUCCUGUCCUGGCAAGUUUCAACUUUCCGUGGCCCGAGAUGCUCUCGUGCGAGAACCUCCCCGACAAGAGCAAUAAGGACAACUUGUGUAUCGAGGCUCCCAACGUCACUGAAGAGCCUGAAUUUAAGACCGGAGCACCUGUUGAGCCCAACUUCGAUUCAUUCAAUCCAGAACUCAGGCGAAUAUUCGAGUCAUUCAGGAAAACAACAACAGAACCUUCGAAAUACGGACGUCCUCAUUACAGGGACAGUGACAUCUGUCCGACGAGGUUCGUGCACGUGGAGAAACUGGAGGGCAACAACUCAUGCGCCCCUCGCUGUGAUAUCGACGUUUAUUUCCGCGAGGAAGACAAGGCUUUCGCGGAGAUAUGGAUGAUUGUAUGGGCGUCAGUAUGCUGUCUGUCAACAGCGAUCACCGUGUUGACUUUCGCCAUCGAUACGUCCCGUUUCAAGUACCCCGAGAGACCGAUAAUAUUCCUAUCAAUGUGUUACGCCAUAUACUCGGUAGCUUAUAUGAUACGGGCGAUCACGGGUCCAGGGGCUAUCUCGUGUGACAGAGGUCGAGAUGGACGGGAGUUCCUCAUCCAAGAAGGACUUGAGAGUACGUGGUGCAUCAUCGUGUUCCUCAUCCUUUACUUCUUCGGGAUGGCCAGCUCGAUAUGGUGGGUCAUCCUAACGGUCACCUGGUUCCUCGCAGCCGGUCGCAAAUGGGGCCAAGAGGCUAUUGAGGCUCUGAGUAGUUACUUCCAUUUAGCUGCAUGGGCUAUUCCUGCUAUAAAGACAAUCAUCAUCCUGACAAUGAGAAGGGUGGAUGGAGAUGAACUUACAGGAUUGUGUUAUGUAGGUAAUCAGGACACGGACGCUCUAACGGGGUUCGUCCUGGCCCCUCUUAUCGUGUAUCUUAUUGUAGGUACAGCGUUUAUUCUUGCAGGGUUCGUGGCGUUGUUCAGAAUACGAAACAAUCUCAAACACGAAGGCACAAAUAUUCGCAAACUGGAAAAACUUAUGGCCAAAAUUGGAUUAUUUUCUGUUUUAUAUACUGUACCAGCUACAUGUGUUAUUGGGUGUUUAUUCUAUGAGAGAAUGAAUUUCAGUCGGUGGCGGACUCUGGCCAUGCUCCGUCAGUGCCACGGAAAGGAGAGCUGUCACCUGGAACAUUCUAUACCAACAGUAGAGGUGUUCAUGCUCAAGAUCUUCAUGUCGCUCGUGGUGGGUAGCACAAGCGGGAUGUGGAUCUGGAGCUCUAAGACAGUUGCCUCCUGGAGACAGUUCUUCUCAGCAAGGUUUUCCAGGAGGAAGUCGAACUAUAAUGCAAACUACCACCAAGCACCUGUUAUUGUCAUGAAGCAGCAACAUGGACCUAAGUGUAUGCCCAAAGUUGCUGGUUCCAGGGUGUGAUCCUUCUACUGCCAGGAACUGCUUUACACAGUGUAUGACUGAGUGAGGAUUUCACAAAAUGGCAACUAUUAUUACAAAGCAUUUUUUGCCAAAUUAUCAUGAUCAUUGUUAUAUAGUCACCGGAUCUCAUUAUCAUAUCACGUGACUGUGGCUUGUGUUUGUGACGACAGUGAGAAAGAUUGUGUGGUAUCGAUGGACAAGUUGAAGAUGUGGAAGAUGUGGAAUACACUGACUGCCAAUACAUGACGUUCUGUUUCAUUUUCUCACUUUUAUACCUUUUCUUUACCGCAGACAGCGGAGCAUUUUUAUCAUGGAAAUUUAUACUUUUCUCAGGAUGCUUAAGGUAAAUUUAACUUUUUAAAGUCUUAGUCCCUCUCCGAGGUUUGUAAGGUUUGUGAAAAUGUCACUAGGUUUGGUAGGCCGUCAAGUCACCUGGAUGAACUAAAGAGAAACAUUUCCCCGCCUAAAGGCCCUUGGGUAUAAAAUUCGGCAAAUCUGAGAGAAAGCAAUGUUGUUUACCCAGUUCCUCCCAUCCCUAAGCAUGAGAGCACAUAGAGGAGAGCUCCUCGCCCGUCUCUCAGUUAACGGAUACGUUCAAAGACAGCCAAGUGAGUCAAUAUGAGGACCCGCUAUUGACAAACACAGUGUGCCGGAGUCCCUAUCUGUCGGCUUAGCUAUUGUAACGAUGUGUCGGGGGGCGAUCAGCGAGACAAACCCGUGUCCAUACCUGUGACCAAGGCAAGUUAGCACACACAGUCAAGCAAUGUAGAUAAGGGGGGUUGUACUAGGUAGAAGGUGAUCGUAAUACGAGAUUGAUUAGAACCUGGGCAAUCAUCUAUCAAUCAUGAUGAGAAAACACGUUUUAUCUGCGUAGAGUACACGAAUUCCUGUGUCAACCUUUUGACGGUCGAUGUCUCCGCUUUGGCCGUGCAAGAAUUCGCUUUGAAGUCCAAUGUAUCAGAGCAUGGGGCCCGGCGAUGGCGGCAGUGCGAGGCCUGCUUGUAUAGGGUGAUUAUCAAUAUUUUGGAUGAAUACUAAACCCCCAAUUUCAUACAUGAUAUGGAUUUUGGAAACCAAUACAAACACGAACCUCUUUGAUGUAGUUUGAAAGUAUUUUCCUUACGUAAGAAAAGCAUUCAUAAUCGAUCGCGCUAUCAGUAGUGUUUUUUAUCAAAGGAAUUUCAAUGACAAAGUGUUCUGGAUACGUACGCCGCAAGCCAAUGACAUGUAAUGCAUGAACAGUUUUUUCAGACUUGGACUAUCUAACCUCUCGGUCAUAAAACAUAGUCGAUGAGUUCCGGCAUAAAUAUUUAUAAAUUAAUUGGAACCAUGUGAGGAUCUACAAGUUUUAUUGUGCUUGGGCUGGACUGAAAGAAUCUCACUUGGCUAUAGUUUGCAAUAGCUUUAAACGGGAGCGGAAUAUUGCUUAAGGAGUAAGAAGCUUCCUCAACAGGAAAUUAAUGAACCUUUCGGCAUAUCCCCUGUGCCCUAUUUGUAUUCGAUAGUAGUGGCUCUGUGUUCAAUAUCCGAGUCAAAUACAGACGCGGGCUAUGUUUACGGAAAUACUAAAUCUAAAUAACACUGGCGUAUAUGGGCAAUGUACCGCUUCUUAUCAGGGAGGUGAUUUAUGCAGGUUGAUACCGAGUCGACGAGUGGCUCGUUCUGAUUUGAACAAACAACUUAAGGCAAUGCUUGUAUAGUUGAACAGUGUCAUUCGGGGAAAGCCGAUAUGAAUUAUUACCUAAUAAAGUAUGCUAUUUGAAACUGACACCGACAUAAUCAAACUAUGUUACAUGUAUGUGGUUAAACACUAUCAGCUGAAGAAUUAUCUCAAAUUCGAUAUAUGUACGAUAAAUGUAAAUUCGAUAAAUUUUAGCGCAAAGGGUAUAAAUGCAUGAAUAACCUUGCAACAUUUUUCAAAGGAUCAGUGCGAAAUUGUUUCUCACAUCUUGUUUCAACCGUUAAAUCCCAACCACUGCUACCUCAAUGAACAAACUUGUUAUGAAAAAACCCCAACAAAAGCGUUUGAAAUAUGGUUCAUUAUUACAUAAAUUCACCGUGAUAAAAGGUUUCUAACAUAAAUUUGCUCAUGCUUGAAAUAGGCAGAUCUACGAGCCCUCGUGUCAUUGAUUGGAACAUUUAUGAUCUAAGCCGGGCAUUAUGUUACCUAUGGAGCGAGGGCAGUGUGCACUGGUUGAUCGAUCAGUGAACGACAGGCUUGCCAUCUUAUCGAUUUUACGUUGACAGCCGAACAGAUACUUGUAGUGGCGAUGCUUCUUAAACGUCAUCGGUAUAUUUCUCUGAAUCCUUGUAAGAGAGUUUAUGUUUUACAAUGAAUUUGCAGUAAAUUAUAAAAAAGCAUGAAAAUAAUCGGUAUAAUUUGAGAAGUUUGAAAGACAUCAAAGACCUAAUUAAAUUUCAAGUUAACUGAAAAAGAAAAUCGACAGGAAAUGUAAAAUGUGUAAUUUAUUGCCGAUAAGUGAAUGUUAAAAACCGUUUCAAUGAUGAAAACUGUUUAAUUUAUUCCAAACAUCAACCGCAUAUUGUAAAAUGAUAUUUUCGUAUAAAACAUAUCUUGAAUCUUAAAACUAUUUUCAGUUUUAGAUAAGGAGAAAAACAUGUUUGAGGUCGUUUGAGUGCGCCUCAUAAAACUCAGGAUGUUGGAAUAGAGGACUGAUCUGGGGCUUCCAUAAGCCCUUAAUAUGUCAAAAAGAGGGAGCAAAAUGGCCCCGGUUGGUUAUCUGUAUGGACCAAGGUUGUGCCCCCCACAUUGAAUCUCAAUUGGGUGAUCAGCCGUGCUCUAGCCGUGUUCUACAUGGUGCAUAUUUUACGAGUCUUGUAAUAUGAUCAGGGCUAAUUUCAACAGGUAUUGAAACGUAUAAUACCGGAGACGGCUAUGGGAUGGGGAGGGUGGUGUUUGGUGAGAGCGAUUUGUUUCCCGGGAGAAGAAGCCUACGUGUUUAUGAAGAGGCAGAAAGGACGAUCCGCUCUGUUGUUAGUGGGCCCAUCUUGCCUGGAGAACAUUUACAGAUGGGGGCAAUUUACACAUGUGAACAUCUCUUUCAUGUUUCCUUUCCCCAAGGAGUAUCUACACUUUCCCCACAACUUACUUUCCCCUCCGAGCUGCCGCCUGUUUCCCUUUAUAUGGGUGGACCCUCUGACUCAUUGCGCGGGAUGGGUGUCCCUUGACAAAACUUAAAAGAUCACACGGGGUCUCUCAAAAGUCAAUCUGUUUUCAGCCAGCAUCGAGAUGCAAUAGUUGACAUUUACACAAAUCUUCAGAUCUCUCUUUUUACACAGCUUGAUAUGUUUACGGAUAUGUCUUAGUAGGUUAUAACGAUGAUCUAAAGCUUUAUUUCGAAGUACAGGAAUGUGUCCCAUCUUCACAUUUGUAUGUAAUAUUCGCCACUUUCCAUUUUUGUGUUCAUUCAUCCACAGGCGUUUUUUCUGUUCUUGCAACAGAAGUUAAAUAAAUUAUUUGUUGUCAAACUAA